GAGCGUCAUGUAGCGGCCACAGACACCGGAUACGAGCGCCGCUGCCGGGUUUGAGACUUCCGUGGAGAAGCCCUGCGGGAGGAGAACAGUUUGAGUCGGUUUUACUGGAAGAAACGGGCAUGUAGCAGCCUGGUGUUCAGGGCUGUCUGUCAUGAAGAAGCGAACCAAGAAGGUGCUGGAGGAGGAGGAGGAGGCCUUGUGCUGCUGCGAAUAUGUGAACAGACAUGGAGAGCGCAGUCAUGUGGCUGCCUGCUGCUGCGACUGUGAGGACCUGGAUGAUGCCUGCGACAGGUUUCUGAAGAGGGAGCCCCAGAAACCUGAAUCCCUGUCGCAGGUGGCUGAAGUCGUCACAGACCGGAUCCGUGUGCCUUGGCUGUGGGGUGGAGCCCGAAAACUGGAACUGUCCAUCAUCCCUCCUCUUAUUCUCCUCCCCGCCCUGCUGCACCUCGCCGCCGUCCACUUCAUGCUCGGCCUGGUGGUUCUGACAGCUCUGCCCGGUUUGGUACUGUGGUACUACUAUUUCACCCACCGCAAGAAGGGACGGACGCUCUUCUUCCUCAGCCUGGCCCUCUUCUCCUUGGCGUACAUGUACUACUUGUUCAUCACGGAGGUGCUUCCCCGCGGGGACGUCGGCCUGCUCCAGGUAGUGGUGGUAAGUGUGGGGGUCGUCCUCACCCUGCUGGCUCUUAUCCACACCAAGAGGGAACCUGGCAUCGUGCGACCAAACCAGGAGGCCGUCCACAGCACGGUGACGUAUUACACCCCCCUGGCGGACAGAGACCCUUCCCUCAAUGGGGGGAGGCAGGACGUGACAAUGACAGCAUCCAGUUGGAUGGGGUCAUCGGAGCAGGCGGAGGUGGAGGUGAAGGAAAGUAGUCGAAAGAACUGGUGUACGGUGUGCAGGGUGGUUCGGCCCCCGAGGGCGGGACAUUGUCGGAUCUGUGGCGUCUGCGUUCUGCGUCUCGACCACCACUGUGUCUGGAUAAACAGCUGCGUGGGACAAGCCAACCACCGCAGCUUCCUGCUCACGCUCGGCCUCUUCCUGCUGACGUCGCUGUACGGCAUCAGCCUGGUGCUGCAGAGUGUGUGUCCGCGACAAAACCUCCUCACCGCUUUGCUCUACUGUCCAGGAGUCUACAACCAGUACAGCACUGCACUGUGUUUCACCUGUGCGUGGUACAGCAGCAUCGUGACUGGUGGGCUGCUUCACCUGCUGGUCAUGCAGGUCAUCAAUGUCAGCUACAAUGUGACCGAGCGAGAGGCACGAAUCGCCCUGCGAGAGAAAACCGCCCGCAGUGCCUUCUGGGGACUCGUGGUGGACACUGGGGUCUACUCUCGAGGUUUCCGUGGCAACUGGUCCGAAUUCAUGACCAUGGGAGACAAACUGAGUCCCCCCUCUCCCGCAGAUUUGGUUGCCUUGGUGGAUGAUUGCAAACAUCGUGAGUGAACUCCAAACAACAACAUUGCCAGUCUGCUGAUACUCGUAGAGGCAUUUUCAGUGAGCACAGCAUAAACCACACAAAUGACACCUCUGGAUACAUAGAAACACUUGUUGAAGGAUGGUCUCCUUCCUCCAUAUACCUCCUUCAUCCUUCACAAACACUGACUGUUAUUCACCUCACACAGCCUUGUAACGUGUGUCAAGGAUAUUUAUUACGGAUAAAUGAAACAUAUAUCUGCAUAAGCCAGAAAAUCAAGUUCUACAGCAAUCAAUUGCAUAGUUAUGAAUAUAUUCAUAGUAACUUUGACCCUGUUACGCUCUUUUAAACUGACUCACUAACAAAGCAAUUCUGGAUAUAUGAAGAAAAGCAAAUGCAUCAAUAUGCAUAAUGUCAGCUAGAGAAAUUAGCUUUCCACUUAAAUGUAAGUUUAAGCUUUUUUGUAUCCUAACAAUUGUAUUGGUCCAGUUGUGUGUGUGUUUGUACGAAAUGAAUUUUAUCUGUUUUUAUUAAAUGAACAUGAGAAAUGUG